AUGGAACAAAUUAUGCCAACAUUAUGUUAUUGUACAGUACUUAACCGUACACUGGAACGUCUUCACCCGAAACUGCUAAACAAUACACGUUUCUCACAAUUCGAUUUCCUGCUCUUCAAUCGUGUACCCAAAGUGGGUAGUGAACAACUAAUCGAAUUAAUACGUCAACUGGGUGAGGUGAAUAAUUUCAGUGUUAGUCGGGCGCCAUUUUCCCAACCUAUCCACUAUCACCUAAACGAAGUCUCACAAGCCGAAUUAGUCGAUGACCUCUAUGAAAUGGGACCAGGUCACUCCCACAGUAUGCAUGUAAAUUAUAUAAAUUUUCGUAAAUACGAUACCUCUCAACCGAUCUAUAUAAAUUUGGUACGUGAUCCCGUGGAACGUGUAAUAAGUUGGUUCUAUUAUCGUCGUACACCAUGGAGUGCAGUACAAAAUUAUCGUGUUACGAAUAAAUUUUUCCCACCGAAAUUCUAUAAAAAAGAUUAUCAUGAUUGUGUAUUGAAUUCCGAUCCCGAGUGUGUUUAUGAGCAGGGAGCAAGUUUUACGCAGACAAAGGCUCUACAUAUCCGUCAAACGUUAUUCUUUUGUGGCCAUGAUCCGGUUUGCGAACCUUUUAAUUCAUAUGGCGCUCUGCAAAGAGCCAAAGAAAUUGUUGAACAUGAUUUCGCUGUGGUUGGCUCCUGGGAAGAUGUUAAUGUCACCCUGAAAGUUUUGGAAAACUAUAUACCGAAAUAUUUCCGUGGUGCCACAAAAUUAUAUUAUGAUAAUUUGGCGAAUGUCAAGCGCAAUGGCAAUAACUGGAAACCCAAAGUCAGUGAAGAGGUUAAGAAUCUUGUACGCAAAAAUUUCACUCGCGAAUAUGAAUUUUAUUAUUUUUGUAAACAACGUCUGUAUAAACAGUAUUUUGCUUUAGAUAAUAUUUAA